GUAAGGUUAAGGUUAAAAUGACUCCAUUUGACGAAAAGAUUGAUUCUAUGGAUGCGUAUUUGAAUGUUUAUGAAACUUAUGCGUCUGCUCAGAAUUGGGAACAUGAAAUGUGGUCACUAAACUUACCGUUUUGGUUAAAAGGUACUGCUAGGGAGGUAUUUGAUAGGCUUCCAUUAGAAGAUAGGACGGAUUAUGAUAAGCUGAAAGAUGCUUUGUUAAGGCAGUUUGAGUUGACUGAUGAUGGGUAUAAGAAGAAGUUUAGGACUGAAAGGCCCCGUGAAAAUGAGACUUUUGUGAUGUUCCUAGCUAGAAUUUCUAGAUACUUAGAUGGUUGGCUAAGAUUGAGUAAGGUGGAGAAGACUUAUGAAAAGUUGUUAGACUUCAUAGUAAGGGAUCAAUUUUUAGAUAUCUGCAAUAGAGAACUAUAUCAGAACCUUAGUAGUAAGAAGUUGUUUUCAGCCCGUGAAGUAGCGGAAGAUGCAGAUUUGUUUGCCAAGACUAGAGGAGGUCCGAAGUAUGUAGUGAAUCAUGGAAUUAAAGAAAGAGCUAAGCCUUAUGCACUGCCGAGUAGACCUGUAGAUAGAAAUCAAGGUAGUAGUUAUCGUAUGCAAAGAGGUAACGAUAGACUGGUAAAUAGAGGUAGAGCAUCUCAGCAGUAUGAAGGUUAUAAAUGCACAUAUUGUGGUCGUUUAGGGCAUACAGCAUUUUUCUGUAGAAAUAAGGCUACAAAUAAAGCUAACGCAGCGGAAGACAUAGAACCGAACUCAAUGAAUCCAAGUAAGAAUGAUAAUAGUUAUCAGGGUAAUAGAGGGCGAGGAGGUUAUAGAGGUAGGAGUAGAGGUAGAGGAAGAAAUAGGGAUGCAGAUUCGAAAAUUUCGAUGCCGAGAUCAGAUAGUGGUAGUAGUUUGAUAGAACUUGGGGACUUUGAAGACGUGGGUACAGUUACUAUAAAUUCAUGUCCGACAACUAGAGGUAUAUGUAAUGGUAAAGCUAUAGUUGCAAUGAGAGAUACUGGGUGUACAUGUGUCAUAGUACGAAGGAAUUUGGUAAAUGCAAAUCAAUUGUUAGGGAAGUCCAGACGAUGUAAGUACAUUGAUGGUAGUGAGCACAGAUUAGAAAUGGCGUUAAUUGAUCUUGAUUGUCCGUAUUACAGGGGUACUGUAGAAGCACUAUGUGUAGAUAAUCCUACAAAUGAUGUAAUUAUCGGUAACAUAGAGGGUGCUGUAGAACCAAAUUUUGGUAAGUUAGCUUCAGCAGUAGAAACAAGAUCGCAGAGUAAAGUUAAAGCUCAUAGAAGACUUAAAGUUCCUUCACAGAUUUUAGACAUCACUAAUGUAGAGUUUGUAGAGAAGCAGCAGGCAGAUAGUACAUUAGAUGGAUGUAGAAAGAAAGCAGAGGAAGGUACUGUUAGAAACUGUAGAGGUAAAGGGCAAGUGAAGUUUCAGGUCAGGAAUAAGAUGUUGUUUAGAGAGUUUACGGCAGGAAAUGGUGACGUAAGUAGGCAGUUAGUAGUUCCUAAGGAUCUUAGGGAGACUGUGUUAAAAGUAGCGCAUGACUCGCUUUUGGCAGGACAUCUUGGUAUUAGGAAGACAAGUGAUAGAGUCUUAGGGGAGUUUUAUUGGCCAGGUGUUCUUGUAGAGGUUAGACGAUAUUGUCAGUCUUGUGAUAUUUGUCAACGUUCUAUUUCUAAAGGUAGAAUAAGUAAGGUAACUUUAGGUAAGAUGCCUUUGAUUGAUACUCCUUUUAAGAGAGUUGCCGUUGACAUUGUUGGUCCGAUCGAACCUAUGACUGAUAGGAAGAACCGAUAUAUUUUGACCAUGGUAGACUAUGCUACCAGAUAUCCUGAAGCAAUUGCAUUGCCUAGUAUAGAGACUGAAAGAGUAGCCGAAGCAUUAGUUGACAUGUAUAGUAGAUUAGGUGUUCCAGAGGAAAUGCUUACAGAUUGUGGAUCACAAUUUACUUCACAGAUUAUGAAUGAGGUUAGUAGGUUGCUAUCUCUUAGACAGUUAACAACUACACCGUAUCAUCCGAUGUGUAAUGGUUUAGUGGAGAAAUUUAAUGGUAGUUUAAAACAGAUGUUGAAACGGAUGUGUAGUGAAAGACCUACAGAUUGGGAUAAGAAUUUGAAUGCUAUGUUGUUUGCGUAUCGGGAAGUUCCACAAGAGAGUUUAGGAUUCUCGCCAUUUGAAUUGUUAUAUGGACGUAGCAUUAGAGGUCCAAUUACCAUUUUGAGAGAGUUAUGGUCAGGAAAAACAGAGAAUGACGAAGUUAAGACAACUUAUCAGUAUGUAGUUGAUUUGCAAGAAAGACUAGAAAGUACAUGUAAGAUAGCACAGCAGGAGUUAGAGAAGAGCAGUAUUAGGUAUAGAAAAGUAUUAAAACAGGAAAAGCUAGAGAUAGAACUUUUAAGAAGGGAAGUAAAGUACUGGUUCUUAUACCUACAAAACGCAAUAAGUUGUUGUUACAAUGGAAAGGUCCAUUUGUAGUUUCCGAGGUCGUGAACAAAUUAGAUUAUCGGAUAGACAUAGGUAACAAUAAGAUCAAAACUUUCCAUGCCAAUAUGCUGAAGGAGUAUGUUGAAAGAAAUUUCGAACCAGAACGAGGUGCAUUGGCAAAGGUAAGUGCAGCUGUUGUAGAAGCGGAAAAUGGGUAUGAUAGAUUAGAGGAAGAUGAUAGUUUAGAAACAAGUUACCAAGAUGAUAGUGACAUAUUGUUAUGUCCAUUGAAGAAAGGUUCAGAGACAUAUAAAGAUGUUCAGGUCAAUCCUGACUUACAAACCGAUUGUAAGACUCAGAUUGCAACCUUGUUAAAGAAAUUUUCAGAUGUUUUAACAGAUAUACCCGGAAUUACGCCAUUGGUUCAGCAUGACAUUAAGUUGACUACGUCAGAACCGGUAAGGACUAAGGGUUAUCCUAUUCCUUUUCACUCACAGCAGAUAGUAAAGGAAGAAGUUGAUAAAAUGCUAGAGUUGGGAGUUAUCGAACCUUCUAAUGCUCCGUUUUCUAGUCCAAUUGUCCUUAUCAGGAAAAAGGAUAACACGAUUAGGUUCUGUAUUGAUUUUAGACAGAUCAAUAAAUGCACGGUAUUUGAUGCGGAACCGAUGCCCAAUAUGGAACAGAUAUUUUCGAAAUUAUCAAAAUACAGGUAUUUUUCGAAAAUUGACCUUAGUAAAGGAUACUGGCAAGUUCCUUUGUCUGACAAUGCAAAACCUUUGACCGCAUUUGAAACCCCGUCGGGACUUUUUCAAUUCCGGAAAAUGCCCUUUGGUUUAGUCAAUGCCCCUGCAACAUUCUGUAGACUGAUGAGAAAGGUUUUGAAAGAUCUAGAUCACUCAGAUAGUUUUAUAGAUGAUAUUUUGGUCUAUACAGUCACAUUGCCAGAGCAUAUCAAUGCAUUGUAUGAGUUAUUUACCCAAUUAAGAGAGUCUAGGCUUACUGCUAGACCGUCCAAGUGUUUCAUAUGUUUUGAAAAAUUGGAAUGUUUAGGUCAUAUGAUAGGAGGUAGUAAGUCCAUUGAACCUGUUCUCAGUAAGGUCAAGGCAAUUCAGGAGACCGAGAGACCCACAACUAAGCGAGGAGUCCGGCAAUUUUUAGGGGUUGUGUCUUGGUACCGGAAGUUCAUCCCUAACUUUGCCGCCAUUGCUGUUCCGUUGACCGAUUUGACAAAAAAGUUUCAACCAAAUCGUAUUGAAUGGGGUGAAAGUCAGGAAAAGGCUUUUCAGACUCUUAAGGCUAGUUUGACCGGUCCGCCCAUUUUGAAAUUACCAGAUUUAGACAAGAUAUUUAUUCUCAGAGUUGAUGCUUCUGAUUGUGGAUUAGGAUCUGUAUUACUUCAAGAACAAGGUGAGGAGAAAUUUCCAGUAGCUUAUGCCAGUAGAAAGAUGUUACCAAGAGAACAGAAGUAUUCUGUAAUAGAGAAGGAGUGCCUUGGUAUUGUUUGGGCAAUUUCUAAAUUUCACAGAUACUUGUUUGGUAAGGAAUUUAUUCUAGAGACAGAUCACCAGCCGCUUUUGUAUCUUAACAAGGCAAAAUUAAGUAACUCUAGAAUAAUGAGAUGGUCUUUGCUUUUGCAGCCAUACAGGAUGAGGAUUAGAGCAAUCCCAGGUAGAGAAAACAUAGGUGCAGAUUAUUUAAGCAGGGUAUAAUGUAGAGUAUAGUGUAGUAUUUAUGGUGGUUAUGAAUAUGGUGUACAGUAUUUCUACUUACAUUUUUGCAAUUUGUCGUUUUCACUUUGUUGUAUUUAAAGAAAAUUUAUCAAUUUUCUUAUUUAAAGGGGGGCGUAAAUGUCACAAAGUGAAAGUACGUUUGUAAAAUAUUGCAUUAUAUUUUCACGCCGAACCUCAUUUUUACUCUAUAUUCAUUGAUGUGAGAUUGCAUCAUCUUUUUGUUUAAUUUAGAGUUUUCGGGUGAAAUUAUUAUUUAGAGUAUUUUUAUGGUUUGCAUAAAUUUCUAUGUCUCAAUUUUAACAUUUUGCCGUUUAUUUCACAAAAAUCCUUUCAGUAAUAAGAAAGUUACAUUUUUGUUUUAUGAACCAGUUAUUUGUAUUAUGUCUGUAUUUGAAGGACGGGCCUUUAUUUUACAUAACUAUUUUUCCCGCCGUCCCAGCUUUAUUUCGUGCAAAUCGAUUUUUCAUGUUUUGCACGAUUUGUUUUCCCGCUCAGUACUCAGUAGUUUGCUAUAUAUUGACUAAAUUUUAAGUGACAUAUUGCAAUGCACUGGACGUUAUACAGGUCACUAUGACGGUGACAGACAAAUUAUUUUUGUCAUAAAAUUACAGCUUGUACAAGCUUCUUAUUUGAGGACACACCCGAAGAUGACACGGGCCCUCCACACGUAUGUCCAUGGCUAAAGGGUGACGCAUGCCCUUGUUCAGGAUCCUAUCAACUGUGCCAACACUGUAGGAAGUACAGUUACGCUUGAUAAGAUUUUAUACAAGACGCCCGCCAUUGUGACGAAUUUUGUUCAACAACGCCACCACUUUAUUGAUACAUCAUGGCAGAAACUUUACGAGAGAAAUAGACUGAGAUACGUUGAUAGUGUUUGUUUGCGCAGUGACUUAUCAUAGUAGUUUAUCAUAUAUAAUCAUUUUUCAUUUAUAAAUAUUCAUUUCUGUAAAUAAAUUUGUAUAUAUUUUUC